CUUGCUUCAUCAUUUCAUCGGUUCCUCUUCCUCUCCAUUGCGGCGCGACCCGAACCCAAACCCCGGUGCCCCACGCCACACCAUGCUGUCUCGGUCGCCGGCGCGGGCGAGCCUUCUCCUCCGGUCGCUCGGGCGGCCGCGAGGCUCCAGCUUCUCCGCCGCUGCGCCGGCGGCGGAGAGGGACGACGGGAAGAUCGUGGCGUCGGUGCUGUUCGAGCGCCUCCCCGUCGUCAUCCCUAAGAUCCACCCCGUCGUCUACGCCUUCCAAGAAUUCUCGUUUCGGUGGCGGCAGCAGUACAGGCGGCAGUACCCCGACGAGGUCCUGGGCAAGGCCGACGCGAGGGGUAAGGGUGAUUAUCAGAUUGAUUAUGUGCCUGCUCCAAGAAUCACAGAGGCUGACAAAACAAAUGACCGGAAGUCAUUACAACGAGCUCUUGAUAAUAAACUCUACCUCCUACUGUAUGGAAACACUUAUGGUGCUCCUGAUGGCAUGCCUGUUUGGCAUUUCCCAGAAAAAAUAUAUGAAAAUGAAGACAAUUUGCGAUUGUGUGCCGAAUCGGCAUUAAAUUCUGUUAUUGGGGGACUCAACAAUACAUACUUUGUUGGCAACGCUCCAAUGGCUCAUAUAGUGGUUGAAAAAAGUGAAGAUUCAAAGGUUUCACCAUUCAAGCGUUUCUUUUUCAAAUCACAAGUGGUCGGAGCUACGAAAUACCACAUUGGUAAAUGCCAGGACUACGUGUGGGUCACCAAAGAUGAGUUGCUGGAAUAUUUUCCUGAGCACAAGGAUUUCUUCAACAAAAUGAUCAUUCACAUAAGAUAGCUCUGAUCAGGCCAUGGACAAGCUGGGGGCUAUCUGAACAAUGGACAUCAUGUUGCUUGACUUGUGUACACGUUUUUCGCCACUAUUUAUCGUCGUGAACAGAAUUGGCAAGAAAAGUUAUACUGCAAGCAUUCCUCCAAAGAGAACUCCAGACAUGCCCAUUUCGCCUUCCUUUUUUUGGGACACUUUUAGAUCAUUGUGUGGCAAUGCUGUAGCAUGUAGGCCUUUCCCAUCUACUGUAUUUUCACAUGCUAUCAGUUGGUUACUUUGUUGUUCAUGGGAAAAUAAUUAAUAGGGUGACAUCCCCUGCUUUGUUAUC